AGUCCAACUUAAUCCAAUCUUUGUCCCUCCUAACAACAAUGGACGCGGCAAAUAGCGGAGAGAUGAGCGAGAGCGAGAUCUUCCGAGCUUACGCUCACGUAUGGACCCACACUUUCAACUUCAUCUCCUCCAUGUCCCUCAAAUGCGCCAUCGAGCUCGGCAUCCCCGACACCCUCCACCGCUGCGGCCACCCCAUGACCCUCCCUGACCUUGCCACGGCAUUGUCUGUCCCGGCCUCCAAGGCAGCCUUCCUUGGCCGCCUCGUGGCUGUCCUCGUGCACACCGGCUUCCUCUCCUGCCAGAAGCCCGCCCCUAGAAACAACCCAAUAUCAGAAGACACGGCUGACGAACUCGGGUUUGAGUAUUCUCUCACUCCAGCUUCACGUGUCAUCGUGAAGGGCCAACCGUGGGACAUGUCGCCGAUCGCAAUGGUGAUGCUCAACUCAUUAUUAGUGGAACCAUUUCACUGCCUGAGCGAGUGGCUCAAGAGCGACAGCGAGGUUGGCCCAUCGUCGUUGCGGACACCCUUCGACAUGAAGCAUGGGAAGGGCCUGUGGGAGUACGCGAGCCAGGACGAGAAUCUCAACCGGUGCCUCAACGAGGGGAUGGCGAGUGAUGGGCCGAUGAUGGCGAGGCUUAUAAUGGACAAGUGUGGUAGGCGGCUGUUUGAGGGGCUGAGGACGGCGGUCGACGUGGCGGGAGGCAUCGGAGGGCUGGCGAGGGAGCUGGCAAAGGCUUUUCCGGAGAUGGAGUGGACAGUACUCGACCUGGUGCAUGUGGUGGCCAGCAUGGAAGGGACAAGGAAUUUGAAGUAUGUAGGUGGUGACAUGUUUGAGGCUAUACCUCCGGCGGACGCCAUUUUGCUCAAGUGGAUAUUACACGACUGGAGCGACGAAGAGAGCGUGAAAAUAUUGAAGCGGUGUAAGGAAGCGAUCACGAGCAAUGGCAAGAUGGGAAAAGUGAUGAUAGUAGAGAUAGUGAUAGGAGAUGAACUGGAGGAAUUCCAUACCACGAAGCUCUUCUAUGACAUGAUGCUAAUGGGGUGUCUCACAGGCAAGGAAAGGAACGAAAAGGAAUGGGCGAAGCUCUUUCGUGAAGCUGGUUUUAGUGACUAUAAGAUUACUCCUUUGGCGGGUUUUAGAUCUCUCAUUGAGGUUUAUCCUUGAUGAUUGAGAUUAAUUGGAGUAACUGGUGCGGGUAUAUCAAGCUUGGUUUUUAUUGGUGUGGUUGCAUUGCAAUUUUCCUUUCUUUUUUCUUCUUUUUUAGCGUGAUUUAAGAGUCGUGUCUUUAGUUUGUUUGGUCUACCAUUCAAGGAAACCUGACCUUGAAUAUCUAUCACUGGAUUGUGCUUGAAUAUGGGUGUAAACUAAGUACGUUUCUAAAUAAAAAAGAUAUACCGUGCAUGAUCUUUUAGUA